UCGUGAGGUCGGCAAGAAAAUUAGGGUUUUCUUACAAUUUUCAAUACAACGAAUAUUACCAAAAUACAGAUUGCAUUUCUUCACCCGUGACUCCCGUCACUACCAGAGGACAACGCCGCUCACCAUGGCAUCGUGUAUAAGACAACAAUGUUUACUACAAAACAAAUGAACUGAAGAAAUUCAGAGGUUUUGCAUAUAUUUAUAAGAGUUUAGGUCUCCUAAGUAAAUUCAAGAAGGGGCAAAGGGUACCUAAUUGCAAUAUGCCCUGAAGCCUUCUAUUCCCCCAUUUUCUAUACUGCACGGCCACUGGGUCUGACUUGGGACAUCUCAGUGGGUCCUCUGCAUAGUGAAAAAGCUUUGUUUUUCAAAGAAACAGUAUAAGAAACCCGUGAGCACUCAUGGGCUUUCCAUGGUUGUCUCCUUCGUCUCAUCUCACAAACAACCCAGAAAAAGUUUUGCACAAAAUGAACAGAUAAUAAGACAAUGUAAUUAGCAUAUGCCAGCUGCCAGAGUCUUUAAAUAGAGGAAAAGUUCUCUCAUUCUGCUAAGAACUCUUCUUCAGCUGCCACCAUGAGCUGGAAGAUUUAUGGUGCUGUAUUGUUGGCCGUAACCACAUGCUUUGCUGCUGCUGAUGCACUUGAUGAUGAUGGGCAUUUGUUGUCUGUCAGAAUUGUGGGCAGUGUCUUUUGUGAUGCAUGUUAUAAGCAACACUUCUCCAAAAACAGCUACUUCAUAUCAGGUGCUUCAGUUGCUGUGGAAUGCAGAAACAAUAAGCAGACGCCUGAUUUUCGGAUUGAAGCAAAGACAAAUGAUUAUGGACAGUUCAAGAUGGAGCUUCCUCCAUCCAUCUUCCAUUCAGAUAAACAACUCAAGAGAUGCUCUGCAACGUUGCUCCAAAAUGAAGAGCAAAAAGGCCCUUGCAAACUAGUUUCCAUUGCCAACUCCUCCUCAUUCACUUUGAAGUCAAAGCAGGGCAGUAUCCACACAUAUUCUGCAGGUUUCUUCACCUACAGACCUCAAUCUCCACCUCCCUUUUGCUCCCAAGAUGCUGCUAAUGACCCUAAAUCUGACCUGAAGGCCCUAUUACAAUCCUCUAAGGCAUUUGGGUUGCCACCAUUUCUAUCACCAUUCUUUCCUUCUCCCCCACCACCACCUCCUCCUCCACCACCUCCUCCUUCUCUGCCCUUUCCUCAAAUUCCCCCACUGCCUCCUUUCAAUUUACCUCCAAUUCCUUUUCUAACACCGCCACCUUCUCCUCCACCACCUCCUCCUUCCCUGCUACCUCCAUUUAAUUUCCCCCCAAUUCCAUUACCUUUUCUAUCACCACCUCCACCUCCUCCCUGGUUUAAUCUCCCUCCAUUGCCAUUCUUGACGCCUCCACCUCCUCCUCCCUUGUUUUCUAUCCCUCCAUUGCCAUUUUUAACACCUCCACCUCCAUUCCUUCCCUUGCCUCCAAAUCCAUUUCAACCACCGCCUCUCAUUCCAAACCCAUUUAAUCCACCGCCUCUCAUUCCCAAUCCAUUUCAACCGCCGCCUCUCAUUCCCAACCCAUUUAAUCCACCGCCUCUCAUUCCCAAUCCAUUUCAACCGCCGCCUCUCAUUCCCAACCCAUUUAAUCCACCGCCUCUCAUUCCCAACCCAUUUAAUCCACCACCUCUAAUUUCACAUCGAUUUGAAACACCAUCUCUCGUUCCGUUGCCUCCAUUGCCUCCAAUUGGACCACCACCUCUCGUUCCUUUGCCUCCCUUGCCUCCAAUUGGACCACCACCUCUCGUUCCGUUGCCUCCCUUGCCUCCAUUUGGACCACCACCUCUCGUUCCUUUGCCUCCCUUGCCUCCAUUUGGACCACCACCUCUCGUUCCGUUGCCUCCCUUGCCUCCAUUUGGACCACCACCUCUCGUUCCUCCUACACAACAUUCUCUCUCCAACCCAUAAGUAACACCUUCUACCUCCAUUUUUACUCUUCUUGUACCCCUUAAACCAUGUUUAUUCCAUUACCCACAUACCCUCAGGGUGUAGAGGCCUUUUAUAAUCUUCAACUUUCUAAGAAAUCAAAAUAUGCAUUAUAUGGUGGUUCGAAGCUUUCUAUUGAAAAGAGUUGGAUAUUUGUAUGAUGUGUACUUACUAGCUAUUUUUAAACCACUUUUCAUAUAAUAAAUCACAAAAUAGUCAAAGCUAAGAAAGGAUGGGAUAAAAUUACUAUUGACUAUUUAACUAUUGAAGAAUGUGAUAUUAAGUAGAGUGCACUUAAGUAAUAAUAGAUUAUGAAGUGUACUAGUAGAUCUUCAAUUGUAUAAACAAAAAAAAUGUAUACUAUAUAUGAUCAUCUUUAUCAUAAAUAGAUAGUUAAGGAUGUAUUAUUGAUUUCAAUAAAUAAUUGAGUCAAGCUCAUUUACAAAAGCAAUGAGCUCUCGGUGGCACAAAGUUACUUUAUAUGUAUUUUGUAAUUAGAUAUAAGAUUGGCAUUUUAACCUUCAACUAUGGUGAAGAAAUUGCAAAUG